CUGUUGGCUGUUGGCUGUUGGCCAAGGUCCUUUCGAUAGACUCCGAUAGUCAAAUCGACCACACACGACGACCAGCUCGAUGGCAAUUGAGCAGCUAUGUAUGGCUAUUGGCUACUAGUACCGCGCCAAGUUGUUUGAUGGCCAACCAAAGAAAAACCGCGUCUAGCUGGAUAGCUCGGCUGAGCCCAAGUUUUGCUUUCGGAUCUCUCACAAUUUUUGAAGCCAACCAACUAUUUCUCCACAUUCAUUCAUAAUUUUCUUUGGCAACUAGCCAGCUAGUACCGGUAUCAAUCAACCAUGACAGCAAGCAAGACCCUUUACGAGAAGAUGGGCGGAGACCUUGGAGUCCAGCACUUUAUGGAAAGUUUGUAUGAAGAAACCUUGAAAGAUGAAGUGAUGAAGCGUCUCUUUGCGAAUUCCUCCAUCCCUGUGUUGAUCAGCCAUCAGAUCAAACUGUACCGUGUUUUGUUUGGGCCCGAAGAAGAGCGCCCCGACCCUGACGUCGUUGUGGAUUACAUGUUGAUGACACAUGCCCGGAUCUUUCGGGAUUUGGGCUUGAACGAAGACCACUUUGAUACUAUAGCCACGUGCUUUGUGGAGGGUCUUCAAAAUAUGCAAGCGGAGCAAGAUGUGAUCGACGAAUGCCUGGUACUUUUGGGGCCCCUUCGUGAAGUCUUCGCCUAUGGAGCCCAGCUCGCGGGGGAAGAGAAAGAGUUGACCCCGGAAGAAAAGGAAAGCUUGCCAGAAGCAACCGCCGGUACCAUGCGCUCGAAUGAGCCAUCUCUUCUCCCUCAGGCGCCAUCCAUCAAAGUACCGGGCUGGCUUUCAGGGGUACUUCGAAAGCACUCUCAAGAGUCCAAUGUGAGGGCUUGGACUUGUGCCCUUACCACAACCUUCGGAGAAGAAGACCUUGAAGUUGCGGAUACCUACCUGAGCAUGCCUUACAUGCAUCUUCAUGUGUACAACUUGGUGCUACUCCAAUUGGCGUUCCUUCCAAAGAGCAAAGAACAAGAGAAGCAUCGCCUGCUCAAGAUGAUAAAGUACCCCCAAGGAGAACGGAAUGAUCCAAUUUGCCUUGUUCUUUGGAAACGAAUGAUUGACGGGUUUGCAAAGACUUGCAAGGCCAUGCAGUUGGACGAAAACAAACUGAUCAAAGCCUCGGACAGACUACAUUCGUACAACAAGUACUUCCCCAACAGCGAGUCGCCGAAGAUCGUGGGAGGUGUCAAGGUCCCGCAUUUGCUCACUGGUCAGAUAUCCCACUUCCAAGUGGUGGAAGCUUCAGAGGAAGAUGAGAUCACAGUUGCAAGCUCGGAGCUCACCGUUGCAAGCUCGGAUUGUUCGUCUGAAAUGUUCAAGCAAGAAAAGCGGCGCAGUUUCAUCAAACCGAGCACAAGUCUGGGUCCGAAAACAAGCUUCGGACCGAAAACAAGCCUGGCGCAAAGCAUGCUUCGCUGGUUCAAGGGUAAUAAGAGUGGGCGGUUGUCGCAAAGUAGUAAGAGUCAGUCGGUGUGAGAGUUUUCAAUACUGCUUGGCUUGGCCAACAACAAAAACACGAAGUUCCCGCCUCAUGAUGACAACAUCGCAUUCGGAUUCUACGCGCAUGAAAGGUCCGAUCUACCUCUCUGUUCCAACUACACACUUCAUUAGCAAUCUUUAGGUAGCCUUGGAAAUGCUUAGGGCAUUCUCUAGUACUUCUCGUCCUAAAACUCGUCCUAAGUUUAGGACCAUUUUUUAGGUCGAAUUGGCAAUCUCUAAUAAACUGGUUCUAAAACCAGACUUAUUAAGAUAGGACAAGUGCGAGUUUCAGUCUCUAAAAAGCUGGUCUUAAAACUCGUCCUGCAUGCACCUCUGCUCUAUUGGCCUAUUAAAGUGGUCUUGAUAGUGAGGCUAGCAGCUUCCCACACAGCACCUCCGUGGUUGUAUCAUGUAUUUGUUAUCUACUAGCUAGCGCUAGCUACACCGCCAUGGGGGUGCGAGCGUACUACCUGUAGCGGUACGGCAGUUGUGAGUUGAUGGCUCAGUCUUGUUAGUCUAACUCAAUCUUGUUUUAACUGGGUGGUCGUGAUGUCAUCGGAGACUCAAAAGAUUUAAAGGAAAUGUUAGGACCAGUGUUAGGACGAGUCGAAAUAAUUCGUCCUACUUUUCUGAAAUAAGACGAGAAAAUAAAAUUCGUCCUAAAAAUAGGACAAAUUUGAGUUAAAGAUUGCUUUUGUCCUAAAAAUUCGUUCUAAAAUAGACUUAGAACGAAUUUUAGGACGAACGAAUCCACUAGUAUAUGCCCUUAUAAUUACAUAAUACUUUAUGACAACACC